ACACGCUCUAGACAGAGUGAGGCUCACACACUCCGCUUAACUGGAAGCUGCUGCCGCUGCUUCUAAAAAGUGCAGUGUGUGUGUGACUCCACUCCAAUCACUCCAGGGAGAGGUAAACAGGAACACUUCCAGAGCUAUACAAGGAGAGAAUCUGUACAGGAGGGGAGGGAGAGCUCAACUCGCUCUACUCAACAGGAGGCUACUUGGACUACUUCUUACAACUGGUCAUUUGGAAAGCCUACAUAGCAGCAAGCAAUGGUCGGCACCCUGGGGACGCUGGAUGAGUCUGAGCCACUAUGAGGACAGCUGUGUGUGAGUCAGUAACUGUGAUUCUCCCCGACACACCCACGCCUCCUGCUCCAUGUGGGAAACCUAAGAUGGAACACACACACCACUAUGCACAGUCACUGGAACAACUGCCCCUGCAGCCGCUCUUUCACACACUCUGACACACACCACCACCACUCAGACCUGACAGAGGAAGAACCCUGGAAUUUUCCCAAAAUUACCGUGAUGUUUGUGAAUUUACGGCGGAUCCGCAAGUGCCAGUUGGUGCAGCUAAUGACCACGUGCCUGGUGCUGUCGGUGAUGAUGGUGUACUGGGAGCACCUGGGCGGCAGUGUGGUGAGCCACGUCAAGUCCUACUCCUACCGCUACCUGGUCAACCACUACACCUUCAUCAACAAGAGCUUCACCAUCCCGCGCCAGGAGGCCCACAUGUUCAGCAACCACCACUACCUGCUCAACCACCCGUACAAGUGCUCAGGAGAGAAGAACGUUUUACUGCUGCUGCUAGUCAAGUCCUCCCCGGAGAACUUCGAGAGACGGCGAGCCAUACGGUCGACGUGGGGCAACGAGACCUAUAUCCGCCAGACCCUGGGGGUGACGGUGAAGGUGGUGUUUGUGCUGGGCCUCCCCAAGCAGCACGAAGCUGCCCAGAUUCGUAGGAGCAGAGGGGGCAUUCAGGACAACCUUGUCCAUGAGGACCGCUUGAAUGGCGACUUGGUCCAGCAGGACUUUGUGGACUCGUUCCACAACCUAACCCUCAAGCUUCUGCUACAGUUUCGGUGGGCGCACGCCUACUGCCCCCGCGCCCGCUUCCUCAUGACCUCUGACGACGACAUCUUUGUGCACAUGCCCAAUCUGGUGCGCUACCUGCAUGACAUGGACAGGAAGGGCGUGACGGACUUCUGGAUCGGUCGCGUGCACAGAGGCGCACCACCCAUCCGCCGGAAGGAAAGCAAGUACUACGUCCCAUACGAGAUGUACCCGUGGUUGACAUACCCGGACUACACGGCAGGGGCAGGUUACGUCGUCUCGAGAGACGUGGCGAACAAAAUCUACCAGGCUUCGUUGACCCUCAACGCCUCGCUGUACAUCGACGAUGUCUUCAUGGGCAUCUGCGCCAAAGCCAUGGGUGUGUUGCCGCAGGAGCAUGUGUACUUCUCAGGUGAGGGCAAGGCGCCCUACCACCUGUGCAUCUACGACAAGAUGAUGACGUCGCACGGCCACGUGGCUGACAUUUACGAACUCUGGAAAGCUGCAACGAAUCCUGAGGUCAAACGGGUCACGUCAGGACUCUUUGGGAGGUUGUAUUGCACGGCGGUGAAACUCACCCUCCUCUGUAGACCUUAUUUCUUCAACAGCUACCCCUGCAAGGCAGCCUUGUUGUAGGACAGUAAACCUAUUUACUGUCUUUGGUCCAAAAUGGAGUGAGGGAUCAUUUUAUAC